CGGAAGUGCUGACUUCGAUGCGCGCGAGGAAAAAGAGGGCCUCUAAUUUCAGCAAUGGAGGGUGUUUUAAGGACCGCAAUCUUCACUUGUUCUUUCCCUCGCGCCCAUGGCUCCUCUUCCCUCCUCCUUGGUCCCCUUUUCCUUGCUGUUCUUCGCCCUUCUCCCUUCGAUUCUGUCCCUCCCCGAUCGAUACGACGUGCAGACGCUCGCGGCGAUCGAUCAAUCCCCGGAUUCACAGAGGAACGAUCUCGAUUGGGAAUGGCAGCGCACGGGAUUCCACUUCCAGCCAGUGAAGAACUGGAUGAACGAUCCAAAUGGUCCCCUGUUUUACAAAGGCGUGUAUCAUCUCUUCUAUCAAUGGAACCCCUACGCUGCCGUGUGGGGGAACAUCACUUGGGGCCACGCUGUCUCCACGGAUCUAAUCCACUGGAAGUACGUGAAGGAGCUAGCUCUCGUGCCGGAUCGAUGGUAUGACAUCAAGGGCGUGUGGUCGGGAUCCGCGACGAUCGUCAAUGGCAAGCCCAUUCUUCUCUAUACUGGAUGGACAAAUUCCUCCACGCAAGUCCAAAACAAGGCUGUGCCCAAGAACUCCUCCGAUCCGCUACUGCGCGAAUGGAUCAAAGUCGACGCGGAGAAUCCUUUCGCGGUGCCGCCGCCGGGGAUCAAUACCAGCGAUUUCCGGGACCCGACGACGGCGUGGAUUGGGCAAGAUGGGCUAUGGCGUACUGCAGUGGGAUCCAAGUAUCGCGCCAACGACACAGGGAUCAUCCUGCAGUACCGCAGCAAGGAUUUCGCGAAAUGGGAGCUCCUGGAUGAAUCGCUCCACGCGGUGAAUGGGACGGGGAUGUGGGAGUGCCCGGAUUUCUUCCCGGUUGCGGUCCAUGGCCAGCAGGGCUCGGAGAACUAUCUUGGCGAGGAGAAUGCGAUCCAGAAGUUCGUGAUCAAGGUCAGCCUGGAUGAGACGCGAUUUGACACGUAUGUGGUGGGCGAUUACGACCCGGCGUCGGAGAAGUUCUUGCCCAGCUUCGAGGCGCUCGAUAUUGGAACGGCGCUGCGCUAUGACUAUGGGAUUUACUACGCGUCCAAGUCGUUCUAUGAUCCUCACAAGAAGAGGAGAGUUUUGCUAGGAUGGAUCAACGAGGCCGACAAGCCCACGUCGGACAUUCGCAAGGGAUGGGCUUCUGUCCAGGCAAUUCCCAGAGUUGUAUGGCUCGACGAAAACCAGCAUUCCCUUCGGCAGUGGCCCGUGCCAGAGAUCAAUUCUCUAAGAAAGCAUCCAAUUCGUCAUACAGAUUUGCUCUUGAAGCAGGGAGAAGUUUUCAAAGUAAAUGGCUCUCAAGGAUCGCAGCUCGAUAUCGAGGUGACUUUCCAAAUCCCAAAGGCUCACGCCAACGAUGAGAGCGAUGAAUUUAACUUUGCAUCGUCCAGAGUCGAGGGAAUUCCAAACAACACUCUCAUAUACUGCAAUGGCAGCUUUCCAGAGGCCGAGCAGAUAAUCGGCCCGUUCGGAGUCCACGUCCUUGCGUCGGAGGAUCUACGUGAGAGAACUUCCGUGUUCUUUAAGUUCCUCAAGUUCAAAGGUUCCUGGAAAACUAUGGUUUGCAACGAUCUCACAAGCUCUUCCCUGGCAUCUGAUGCUACAAAAGGCGUCUACGGUGGACUAGUAAGCCUCUCGAGCUACAAGAAUCGUCAGGCUUUGACAAUGAGAAUCUUGGUGGAUCAUUCCAUCGUCGAAACGUUUGCUCAAGGCGGCAGGACGUGCAUCACUGCUCGAUCCUAUCCUCUUCUCGGGAGCGACAACAACGCUCAUAUAUUCGUGUUCAACAAUGGAAGUCUUCCAGUCAAGGCAACACACUUGGCUGUGUGGAAGAUGGAUAAGAUUCGCUACACCACAGUCUAGAGGAGGAUAACUAAAUAGACUAAAAACUGAUUGUUUAAUAAAACAAAAAAAAAAAAUUAAUGCAAAAGCUUGUGUUCGAAAGCUUGAUUUAAGGUUAA